AUGAUAGGAUGGGCUAAUUAGCGACAAGAUACCGUUAUCUCAUGAUAAACUACUCUCGAUGCGCUACUAAUUGGGUGAUAAUAGAUUCUUAAAACAAAAAGAUUUGGCCGACUUCUUUGUCUAGCUCAAUGUAUUUACGAUACAAAAAAAAAACCUCUAUCGAGAAUUUGCCACAAGCAUUUAAAGCCUGCUAUUUAUCAGGGACUAGUUAUCACGACAAGCUAGAGCAUCACGAAGGCCAGACGGAGACAAGUGUGUGGGCCAUCUCUGAAUAUUUGGAGUUUUUCUCUUGGACAAAGCUUCCAAUUCCGAUGAAGCAGUUGUUAUUGAAGGUCUUCACAUUAUGGCAAAUCUACCUUCUCACUUCUGCACAAAAAAAUGAAACUCUCGUCUAUGACAGAAUCUUCAAUGACUCUGCCGCUGACAAUAAUAACCUGAGACCGCAGCAACAAAAUCCAACCAAGUCAGCAAAUGAGACAUCACCCACGCCUCUUCAGCCUUCAUCACGCGGCGAUGAUCACGUUUUACCAGACGUCUCGAUUGAAGCCACCAGCGGCUAUCGCCUAAAGUAUGAGGAGUACGUUAUUCCGGGUAGAAAUGUCUCCAGAUUGCUGGGGAAAGUCUUCGAGAAAUAUGACAAAAGAGUGCGGCCAUUCUACGGCAUUAAGCCCCUACAGGUGUCGCUUGACAUGUUGAUCCUGUCAUUUGGCGAGCUGAGAGAAGCAAGUAUGGAGUAUAGUGUAGACAUGUACCUGGGGCAGUUCUGGCAGGACCCACGCCUCGCGUUUGGUCUUGACCGGUACAUCAUCCUCGGAGGUGAAGCCACUGACAAGCUUUGGGUCCCAGACACGUUCUUUGUCAAUUCCAUGGAGAGUAAACUUCAGUCCAUGAUGUUUACCAACAAGAAAGUGUGGAUUAGCCUUAUGAAUGGAACUCUUAUGCUGAGCGCAAGGUUAGUGACCAGAAACUCGUGCAAGUUUGAUCUUCGUAACUAUCCCCUGGACCAGCAAACAUGCCAUGUUGCCUUUGAGAGCUUCUCGUACGACAACAAUGACCUUCAGUUCAGCUGGCGCAAGAAGGAAGUCGGUAGCGAAAUAUGGGUGUAUGACAGACAGAUGGCCCAGUUCGAUAUCGUAAGCGCCAAGAGAUUUCUCAAACACAAGAUCUUCCAUUCAGAUCAGUUCUCGGGCCUGACGGCGACCAUCGUGUUUCAGCGCCGCUCGGCGUACUACGUAUUCCAGAUGUACAUCCCGUGCGUCUGUAUUGUGGCCAUCUCUUGGGUGAGCUUCUGGAUUAACCACGAGGCCGUGCCCGCUCGCGUCGCGCUCAGUAUCACUACUGUGCUUACCAUCAGUUACAUGCGCGGGUCUGUGAACGCCGGGAUGCCCAGGGUAUCGUACCUCAAGAGUAUCGACUAUUUUCUGCUGGGCUCCUUCGUGUUCAUCUUCAUGACUUUGAUAGAGUACGUGCUAGUAUUGAAGUAUUCGCGGAGGGAGAAGUUUAAAGCGGAAAACAAGAAGAAGUGCAUCACGCCCGAUGAUGAUGCGGGUGACUCGGAUAAAAAACCUAUGCUGGUCACCGUUUCUGUCGGCAACAAAAGCUUCAAUUUCAAGAGCUCCUUGGACGACAUUGAGAACGGCAACGGCAUCAAACUCCACGAGCGUCCCAAAAAAAUCAGUCUCCACACCCGCAAGCCCCUCUCCUUCCGCGGCAACAGGCAAAUGUCUGGGCGUAAAAUCCUAAAAAGUACGCGCCUAGCAUCCGCCUUUCGCCGCUCGUUUUUGCCUGAACACGGCGUUCACUGGAUGGAUAAAUACUCCAGGUGUUUUUUUCCUCUGGGGUAUGUGGCUUUCCUUGCGGUGUAUUUCUGUAUUUAUACGAGAUCAUACGCCCAGAGCUAAGCACCAAGACUACAUGCAAGAAAAGACUUCAUCCAAGUCCGUAAGAUGAAAACUAGUAUUUGUGUCCAGGCUAGUAGAGAUCAGAAGUCGUACCUAUCUGUUAUUGGACACGAAUCGUAUUAAAAAGUUCAAGGAAGCUAGGCCCAAGCAAUACCUGUAUACGAAGAGGCCAGGAGUUGAAUUACCUUUUGGUUCAUUGAUAUUUAUCGUAUUAAAAACAAGGAAGAGAGUAAGACAAUAGGGUUCCACGAUGGAUCUAGUGACUUAUAACCAGAGCUAAGGAUGCCGAUUUCAGCUAACACGUGGUGAAUGAAUUACUAGCCUGGACCACACCCAGCGUUAGCAAUAGGUGCAUGCGGAGAGAUCACGUAAUUAUUUCAAUAGCUUUUAAGUCUUUUUUUAUGAAGUCGAAGAAUAGAAUUUUGACAUUGUUAUAAAUCCUGCUAAAAGCAGGAUAAAAAUGCCAAUGUAUUGUACAAUAUUAGGAUCAAUGCAUCAACCGCCGCUAAAAUAAGCGCAACGACGUCGGCAUCAAGGAGCCGCCAACUAAUGUUAGCUGUUAGUGCUCCGCUUAACACUUUUGAUGGAAACCAAACAAGGACGACAUUCAAAGUUAAGGUGCAAUUUUUCUUAAAAUAAUCUUCCAGGACAAGUUUUUACAUAUUUAUGUAUGAAUUUCAGGAAAUUUGUAAUUCGUUUUGUCGGGGCACACACUGCUUACUUCUUGAAGAAAAAAAUGUUUGUUGUAAAUAAAAGUAAUUGCAAA